UGUUGGUACUUGAGUUGGAACCAGUUGAACACGCUUAUCUUUAAUAUCGUUCAGUUUUCCGGUUUUCAUAAAAGAAAUGAAUAGUAUACUAAAAACGGCAACGAGAAUUAAUCUCAGAAGUUUGCUGAAUUCAUCAAAAAAUGCGUCCUCAAUCAGUGCAAAAGCCCAGCAGUCCUCCCGCAAUUUAUGGUGCCUGGCCGCCUCCUCCGCCACCACCAGGCGAGACCUAACCAAGUACAACACCUCGAAAUUUCAAACCCAACUAUGCAGUUGCGGUGCCCACACUAAAGCGGAAAAGGAUUUGGUCGAAUUUCUCACGGAAGAAAUCGUGGCAGAACGCAAAGCCCAAAAAUCGAAAACGAUUCCAACAGAUAUCGACGGUUUCAAAGCGAAACUCGACGGCGCAGAGGUCACACUUACAAAAACCAUAAAUGACGAAACGAUCAAAAUACAUUUCAAUGUCAAUCACACUGUCGACACGGACGCGGAACCCGAAAUAAGCUCGACCGCCGACAAACCCGACAUCGGGGAGUUAAAGUCGAAACCGUCCUUCAAAAUUGAUAUGGUACGCGACGACACCACCGUCAGCCUCGUCUGCUCGUUCAUCAACGCCGAUCAACAGGAAGACGGAUACAAUGACAUUUUCGGUAUUGACGAGGUCAGUAUUUACAACGGCGAUUGGAACGAAAACGUGUAUUCAGUAUCUGGGGAGGUUAUAGACUCGUAUCUGUAUGAUCUGCUGUUGAAUUAUUUGGACGAGAAGGGAAUUACGAACGAAUUUAUCGAGAAAUUGUCCGGGUACAGCACUGCGUAUGAGCAUUCGGCUUAUAUUAGCCUAUUGGAAGGUUUAUCCAAGUUUGCUUCUGGGAAGUAGGCUAUCUUUUUUUUAAUUUUUUAAUGUGAGCCUGUAGAAAUAAAUGUAAAAAACGCUA